AUGCGCCGCGUGCAUAUUGCCGCUCUACUGCGGCUGCUCAUCGUCGCAGGCGGCGCUUGUUUCGUGAAUCCGUACACGAACGACGAUCACGUCGAUCUCAGUCAGAUAUGGCUGAUGAUACCCUCCAGUCUUGUCGCCCUCGGGGGAGAUGUUCACGUCUUCGUACGAGGCGUGACUGCGCCUGGCGCCUUGCGUGUACGCCUCGCGCGAGAAGACGACGAAGGCAGAACCCUUCUGGCCACCAUGCCUCUCGCCCUAGAUUCCGAAAGCCGCAUGACACUUCCUUGCGGCUACUUCUCUAGAGGGGGAAUAUAUUACAUAGAAAUUGUCGCCGAUAAAGAGAAUUUCCUCGACUACGAUAAUAACACAAUAAGCACUAAAGCGAAGCGAGAUGUUAACGAAGUCGGUAUCAUGGAAACGGGAAAUAGUAUUGUCAAAUCAUGGAAAUUUGAUGUAAUGUGGCCGACUGCUACGCUAGAUGUUACACCGGAACAGAUACAAACUUAUCCAGAGAGGCAAGUUACGGCGAUUCUGGAAUUUCCGAAAGUUGUUUGCACUCCGGUGGAAUCGAACGCGGAUUAUUGGUUGGAAUUGUUGUACUGUGGACAUUCCAGUGGCGGUGCUGUGUUGUGUGAUGGGAAGAACAGCAGUUCUCACGCACACGUCUUGUAUUCAGAACAGAUGCGCGGGUUCCCAGGAAGGCGUACCAUGACGCUACGGUGCGAAUUGUUCGGUCAGGCGGGUGACUACUCGCUAACACUGCGACCAGCGGCAGCUGCCGGACCCCAGGAUUCAGUUGUCGCCUUUAUAAAGGCGGAUUGGUCGGAACAGUUCGUGCUGAACGUGCACGGCGGGUCCGUGUUUCCGUGUGGCGAUGGAGUGCGCGUGCUGUUCCAGUACCCCGAGUGUGCGUUGGAGGGCAGAGAUCGAGUACGAGUGUUCGGAAGAGACGCGGAUAGGCUGAAAUAUAUCGCUGAGAGAAGAGUCAAUAGAGGUCAGCACACCGCUUCUUUCGAUUGUCGUCUGUUCAGUGAAAGAUAUCCUGAGUACUGUUUCGUGUACGUGUCUCAAGCCGUGACCGGCGCGGUCACGAAUGUUAGGAUGGGCUGCCUCCCAACUUUACCUCUAUCGGAUGGCGGUGCCGGCGGGUGGGGGGAGUGGUCCGCGUGGUCGGCGUGCCCUGCGCCCGCGCAUUGUUCCACGCGCACGCGCAGUCGACACCGCUUCUGUGAUAGUCCGCCGCCCGCAUACGGAGCUAAGUUUUGUGAAGGUCAAGCAGUAGAACUAGCUGCAUGUGAGUGUACAGCGCGUCCAUGGGCAGGAGACUCAUCCAUGGUCGUAGCGGAAAUUGGUUCCAAGUGCAGAUGCGGCUGUGUCCUCCACCUCGCUCCCGCUUCUAGACUGUUAGCUGGUUCUGCCAGGGCCUGCCUUGCAAGAUCAUUUUGGCUUUUACAGGCGGAAGAGGGCCUAUCAGUACGUUUGCGUUUCGAAUCAGUCAAACUACCUUGUGCUGGACAAGCGCUUCGGGCCAGGGAUGGAGACUCCCUGGGAUCACCACUCCUCGCUUCGUGGGAUGGUCCUGAUAGCUCUGCUGUGGCGGAUGAAGUUGAAACAACAACGGAUAGCGGAGGUGUAAUUGAAAUAGCCGGCGGCAGGUACAUUCUUGUCGAACUGCGGUCAGGAGAUUCGUCUGAACGCUGUGCGGGAGGAUUCUUGGCACACGCUUACCAGAUUGAGCCAAUCCGCAACGCGUCUGCGGCAUGGGCCUCUGUUAGCGGUGGAGCGUGGUGGAGGGGAGGCGGAGGAGCGCGGGCUGCUGCCGCUGCGCUGGCCGCGCUUGCAGCGCUCGCAGCGCUUGCACUUGCAGCGCACUCCGCUCACAGGACCAGAACCUACCAGCGCGCUGCUGACAAGGAGUCACUUACUGACAGCGAUGCUUGUUCAGCAUCAUUGGAACUCGGUGGCACCACCACUGGAUCUCGCAGCACUUUACUCUCCGAAGUGGUCGGUGGUGGAGUUUCUUUAAGGAGACUAUUGCCCGGCAGGACUCGUCAUACAAGACUGAGGGAUUCGGACCGAGCCUCCGAAAUUCUGGAACCACAAGAUGAAGAAGAUCAAGGAACGGAUGCAGAAGUGGACCUAGCCGACAACGAGAGUGUAGCCAGCGCUGGCAGCGUUCUCAGUCAAGCUACCGUCACACCAGAAAACGUUUCAUCUAGUAGCGCGCCGGCUGCCACUGGCUCUGAAGCUAUUGCUCCUUCGCCAUUACGACGAUCACACACAGUCUCCAAUACACAUGUACCGCAGGUAAAAUGAAGGGUUUUGAAAUUAAUAAUCGCAUCACCACCUCAACCAUCAACAAGUGAGGCGGUGACUGCAGAAAUAAGCACGAGUGUGACUAGCGUAAGCGAAAGAGAUAGUUUCAAUGAAAAGGACAGAGACAGUGCGUGGGAAAAGGACAGAAGUGUAAGCAGAGCUUCGUCUUCAACAUCUGCAGCUACCCUCACUAAUGGUUGGUACUCACCGGCAUUGAGCGGUGUUUCAUCAGCUAGGAUUCGUGACAACCCUAAACACACAAAAGAAUCCUGCAAUAGAAGACUUCUGCGCUCAGACCUAAGCCUCACUUCACACCCUGAAAUGGAAAUCGAUUAUUAUGACUACGAAGUCAAUAAUGCUGGUUCUGUGCCUGGCUCAUAUUUAGGCAUGGACCCAGCCUUCCUUGUUUGGAUACCACCCAUUGAAGAGGGUGACAUAAUUAAAGAAAUUGAUGAAAGCAAAAUACCAGUUUAUGAGGAAGUUUUGCCGAGAGAACUACUUCCAGACCCAGGCAGCAACACAGAAUCACCAGAACAAGAGAUACCUUCUUCAAGCACGCUACAACGUAACUCUGAUAACCGAUCGAAUAAAUCUACUGAAUCUAUAAAAUCGAUCAGAAAAGUUAUGGACAGAAGCAGCGUCAUACAUCCCUUAAAUUUCAGUGUAAGCGAUUUGCAAAAUUCGCCAAAAUUACCAAAGAGAAAUAAGAGAAAGAAAGACGAAAUCACGAUACCGAUGAGAGACCUGACACUUACAAUGUCUCCUGUAAGAGUCCAUCGGCGAGAGAAGAGAUCAGACCACGACAAUUCAUCAACACUCAAAAGAGUCACCGAAUCGAGAGAAAAAGAUGAUACCCUAAAAAGAACGACAGAUUUCGGCGACAUAAGAUUCGCGGAUGAAAAUUCAGAAUCGUCGAAUGAAAUUAAAUUCGCAGACGAUUCGCCAGAUAGCAAUAGAUUAAAUGAUAAAUAUGAAGUUAGGGCUUAAGUUUCGAAAAUAUUAUGUUUUAUUCAUAACGUACAAGGAACAUACAUGCUAUCAUUUAAAAUAACUUACGGAUA